GCAAAAAUCAGAACGAAAAUCCCUGUCAAACAUGUCAAAUCAACCCAUGAAAUUUGAUGAAACCAUGAACCCCCAGUCCAGAAAAAGGCCUCUACUGGAGAUUGAUAAGCCGACGACAAUGAUGUGCACAGUGGUGGCAGUUGAUCACGCCACUCUCUGUUACAGAGUCUGCGCUCUCUGUGAAAGGACUCUGCCUGAGAACCCCACAACAGCUUGUAAAUACUGCAGUUUCACCAACAGUUUCAACCCCACUGCUUCUGGUUCCAAACGUCUAUUUCGUGUUCUUAUGUCUAUAGCUACGGAUACAAAGGUUUUUGUGGUGAUAAUGUUUGACAGGGCUGCGAGAGUGUUGUUUGGUUGCUCAGCUGAUGAGUUCUUUGACUUUGCUAAGAUUCACCCUUAUGCUGCUAUGGCAGCUGGUAGGGCACUGGAGGGAGAGAUGUUAACUGUGACCUUGACAACCCCGAAGAAUGGCAAUGCCCAGCAUCUGCGAGUGGCUUCAGUUGUGCCCUUGAGCUCUAGUUUUCAGCCAGCUAUUGAAACCUUGAGGCAAUUGUACCGAGAAAAAGGGGUUUCUUAAAGAACUAGACUAGUGGCUGUAAAAAACAUCUUCAGCUAAGAAGUUCUAUUGUUUACUUCAUAUCCUGAAGAAGCCAAAGAAGCACUCCUACACUGGUUAAUGUCUUUCUUAUGUGAUUUGCUUUCAUACUUGAAACAUGGAAAUAUAUUGAAUUUGAUGGUCUGCUAA